CCUCGCCGCGGCGUCGGUCAACCCCUGGCCGCACGCCCCCGGUGUCCGCCCGUUCGUGAGUUCGUGAGGCGUGCCGAAAACAACUCCUUCAGCCGAACCCAACUUCGUCCAAGAGAAACUGAAUCGCCCUCGCGUUGCAGUUUGAGCUGCAGGAAGCUCGUCCUGCAGCCUCAGGUGUGCUCGCCGUGUGAAGAGGGAGCGGGUGGCCAAGCGCGGAGCUGCGGGGGGUGAGCGUGAGGUAGCGACCUGCAGGAGCCCUCCAGAGAACGAGGGCUGGCACCGCAGCUCCGUGCUCGUAAAGCAGAUUUGUGGCUGAUUGUUCACAUGUGUCCGGGGGGAGAUGAAGUGCAUUGGAUCCUGCACAGUUUGGCUUUGCAUGGCAGUCAUCCUGCUCUUCCCUGCUUCUACUGCUGUGGCUGUCAGUGACCAGACAGGUUCUGGGUGUCCUUUAAUGAAAACAGCUAUUCAUCAUCUCAAGCAAAUCAACAGAGACAGUCUUGAUGUUUCAGGGUUUGAUCUCACAGAAAGCUUUUCUUUGCGACAAACGUCUUGUGGAGGGGUAAAAGUCUGUUUUAAACUGGGAAGCGCUCCUCUCAUCAGAGAAACAAAGCAAGUAUUUCCAAAUGGGCUACCUGAGGAAUACUCUCUAGUUGCUACGUUCCGGAUACGACGAAAUACCAAGAAAGAGCGUUGGUAUAUAUGGCAAAUCUUAAAUCGGCGCGAUACUCCCGAGAUCUCUGUGCUUCUGGAUGGUUCAAAAAAGGUUGUGGAGUAUAUGACCAAAUCUGCCCAGGGGAAUAUACUACAUUACACUUUUAAGAGUCGAGAAAUUUAUCCAUUGUUCGAUCGGCAGUGGCAUAAACUUGGUAUUAGCGUGCAGUCGGGGAUCAUUUCCCUCUAUUUGGAUUGUAAUUUAAUUGAGAGAAAGCAGACUGAUGAAAAAUUCACCAUUGACUUUCAGGGAAGGACUCUGAUUGCUUCUCGUGCUGCAGAUGAUAAGCCCGUGGAUAUUGAACUUUACCGCAUAACAGUUUAUUGUAAUCCAAAAGUUGCAACAGAAGAUACGUGUUGUGACAUAUCUGCAGACCUGUGCCCACAUGAGGAUAGAUUACUUGCUACUACUUCAUCACCAGAGUCUGUUCAUGCCAGCAAAAUAUACUCUCUUCCAGGAACACAGCAAGAAUCUAGAGACAGAUGCCACUGCUUUCCAACUAAAGGAGAAGCAGGAUUACCAGGAGUACCUGGUUUGCCAGGCCAGAAAGGGCAUAAAGGUGAAAAGGGUGAGAUGGGUGCAAAAGGACAGGAUGGUGCUGCUGGUCUUCCUGGUGAAAAGGGGGACACUGGCUUAGUGGGUGCUCCUGGCAUACCUGGUCUUACUGGUUCCAAGGGUGAACAUGGCCUUCCUGGUAGUAAAGGUGAAGAAGGUGAAAAGGGUGAAAAAGGAGAAAAAGGAGAGCCAGGACCAGAAGGCAUUCGUGGAAGAGAGGGACUAAAAGGUGACCCUGGUAGUCCUGGUGUGGCUGGUCCUAAAGGAGAAAAGGGGGAAGCAGGACCUCCAGGACCAACUGCCUUAAGUGGUUUGCCAGGGCUGGAGGGUCCCCAAGGUCCACCUGGCAAAGAAGGUCAAAGGGGAAGAAGAGGCAAGCCAGGCCUCCCUGGAAAACCGGGACCGCCGGGACCUCCCGGUCCUUCUGGACUAGAAGGAAUUCUGGACUCAUUGAACAAACAUUAUAAUGAGAGUGAUCCAAGACUAAUAGGAUUACUUGGGACCCCUGGAUCUGAAGGCCAAAAGGGAGAAAUUGGUCAGAAAGGAGAAAUAGGAAUGCCAGGUGCAAAGGGUGAAAAGGGAGAAAAGGGUUACAAGGGAGAUCCAGGAGAAAUUGGAAUGGAGGGAUCUAAAGGAAAUAAGGGUGAAAUGGGUGACCCUGGACCACCCGGUCUCAUGGGAAAUCCAGGAUCUAAGGGACUGCAAGGACCUCCAGGACCUAUAGGACCCAGAGGAGAGCCUGGAGAAGUUGGCUUACCAGGAGAGCACGGGUUACCAGGAAUGCCCGGAGUUAAAGGAGAAAAGGGUGACCCUGGUGGGAUCAUGGGACCUCCUGGACACCCAGGUCCAAAAGGUGAGGUGGGGCCUCCUGGACCAAGUCUGCCUGGAAGACCAGGUUCCGCUGGUAUUCCUGGAAACCCAGGUCCACGAGGACCAAAGGGAGAAAGAGGACUGCCUGGUCUACAAGGAGCCCCUGGAGAGAUAGGGCCUCCUGGAAUAGGCAUUCAGGGAUCACCAGGUCCUAUAGGGCCAACUGGAUCUACAGGCAUCCAGGGCCCUAGAGGGCCUCCAGGAUUACCAGGAACUCCAGGUACCCCCGGUAUUAAUGGCACUCCAGGAAGAGAUGGAAAGCCAGGACUACCAGGCCCUCCAGGCGAUCCAAUUGCAUUGCCACUAGUGGGAGACAUGGGUACUAUACUGAAGGGUGAUCCAGGCACAAGAGGUCCUCCAGGCAUCCCUGGUAGAGAAGGACCAAAGGGAAGCAAAGGUGAACGUGGAUUUCCUGGACUUGCUGGAGAGAAGGGUGAUGAGGGCCUUCAAGGUGUUCCUGGACUGCCUGGUGUACCAGGACCCAGUGGACCGUCUGGAGCCAUGGGAAGACCUGGGCAUCCUGGUCCUGCUGGGUCAAAAGGCGAAAAGGGUAGUGAAGGCUCUCCAGGGAAGCCUGGACCACCUGGACCUCCGGGUGUGCCUUACAAUGAAAGAAAUGGAAUGAGCAGCCUAUAUAAACUCCAGGGAGGUGCAAGUGUUGCAAGUUAUCCAGGUCCACCAGGACCUCCAGGUCCAAAAGGAGAUCCUGGCACCGUGGGUGACCCAGGACCAAUGGGAUUACCAGGUCUAGAAGGACUCCCAGGAGAAAAGGGUGACCGUGGACCAGCUGGCACACCAGGAGUAGCAGGGAUACCAGGAAAGCCAGGAUCUCCAGGAUCCCCAGGAUUGCCAGGAGAACCUGGUGAAAGAGGACCCAUAGGAGAUACAGGCUUCCCUGGGCCAGAAGGACCACAGGGAAAACCAGGAAUCAAUGGAAAAGAUGGAAUGCCAGGUCCUCCGGGUGCUGUGGGGAGACCAGGAGACAGAGGGCCCAAAGGAGAACGUGGAGAUCAGGGUAUUCCAGGAGACAAAGGUCCACAAGGUGAAAGAGGGAGGCCUGGGCCAUCAGGAGAAAAGGGGGCCAUGGGGCCUAUUGGGCCACCAGGAGACAGAGGCCAUCCAGGAUCACCAGGUCAUCAAGGUCCUCCAGGUUCACCAGGUCCCCCAGGUUUCCUGACUGAUACUGUCUCACUUGAAGAACUAAAAAAAUAUAUCAAACAAGAGGUUCUUAAGGUUUUUGAAGAAAGGAUGGCUCAGUUUAUGUCCCAGUUGAAGUUGCCUGCUGCAUUGCUUGCCUCCCAAGCUCAUGGGAAACCAGGACCCCCGGGAAAAGAUGGCUUACCAGGGCCCCCAGGAAAGGAUGGUUUACCAGGACCACCUGGGGAACGUGGGAUUCAAGGUUAUAGAGGACAGAAAGGGGAAAGAGGUGAGCCUGGAAUUGGACUGCCCGGUAAUCCUGGACCUCCUGGCCAUGCAGCUGCUGGCCUGCCAGGCCCUCCAGGAACUCCAGGGUCACCCGGACCGCAAGGGCCACCUGGACCCAAUGGAAGAUGCAAUCCAGCAGAUUGCUAUUACCACGUGUCACAGACCCGGCCACGCACCAGUGGGAAAUAAAACUCUCUUCCAUAGACACUUGGGUUCACAAUCACUUUUCACUCUCCUUGAUAAGUUAAUUUAAUCUUUGAAAUACUUGGUGCAUUUUUUGUCCCCGUGACACUGCAUGAUCUAUAGAUAAUUUAUAAGGCACGGAAUUGAGCCUUUGUCUCUUCUAUCUGCAGUGUCAUAAUUACGAUAACAUUUAUUUUCCAGAGUGCAUUCCAUGUGUUAUGUUUCUCAUAUUUAUUUUGCUUAGAGGAGAAAAUAGGCCCAAAUAAUUUUUAUGAGCUUCUUUCUUCCAUCAAAAACAAAAUGUUUUAUUGUAAGUUAGACAGAAUGUGUGCCUCACUGUAUAGGCUGGUUUCAUGUUCCUUACUGGUAGAGAAAAUGCUGUUACAAAGUUUUAAGGAAUACCCUUUGGUAGUGACUGUAGAAUCUUAGCUGGAGUGCUGGGAACUCUAUUUAACUCAAUGUUACUGACCUGAGGAGGCUUCAGCACCCACUCUGAACCAGGUUUGGGUCAUGAAUGCCACCUUCUGUUUCUGUAGCUUUCUAGAGGUUACAGAAGGAAGCAAAGAUAUUUUUAUGGUCUCUCCACUCCCAUCCAAUUCAGAUUAAUACUGACAGGGGGUACACAAGAUGCGACCCCAAGAAAGCUGAAUGCUAUUCCACCUGAGAACUUGAGCUUUGGUUUAGUCAGGUUGCAUAAGUCCAGGUGUAAAACUGCUAAGAACUCAUGGUGUUGUCCUUAACUAACAUCUGGCACAUUUUCUGAUGGUGAUAUGAACUUAGCAAGUAUGUUGUCAUUGCCUGCAAUUAAGCUAUUCUGCCAUUAUGUCUGCUUUUAAAAAAAGAUGUCUGGCUUUAGCAAGAGCACAGGUGUUAGCAGUGAGACAGUAAAAGGAGGAACCUUCAGAAGUCCCUGAUCUUACCAAUGGCAGAAUUUUCCUUUUUCUCCUGCUGUAAGCGCAUGCUGAAAUAAUCUUGAGAAGAACUUGAAAACAGUAGAAUAGAAAAUUUGCAGGUCCUGGUAAUUAGCUGCAAAAGUAACAUGAGUUCAGGAGAGAUUCAGAAAAAUUAGGAAUCUGUCCUUGGAAAGGUGUCAUGCAUAGAGCUUGAUUGCAUUCAGCUUGCAAACAUUGAAAGGAUAAAUCCUACAGGACCAGACACUGUUGAGAAGGAACACAAGAGAAGAAAAUGUGAGUCCUACGGAGCUCAGGGGACUGAACAAAAGAAAAGUUGUAGAAAACCAAUUGUACAGAGGCAAAUUCUGAAAAGGAGGGAGAAGAGUUGGAUUAAGUUUCACUCUUGAUGUCUGGGGUUGUCUGUUUCCUAAUUUAGUCCUAAGGAACUGGUUACAGUGUAAUAGAAAUGGAAAGUGCUAUUAAGAGACUCUGGGCAGCUAUAGUCCGAGCUCAUGGCACAUAAGCAGCACUGCAGCCUCUUGUGCUGUUGCUAGGGAGAUGGCAGUGCUGUCCCACUGUAGGCCACUGAGUGGUUCUGAUAACCUCCAUGCUGCAGAAGUGCUGAAGGAGCCAACUUCUGCCAUCAGCCAUUAGAGAGGCAUUCCCAGACUGGAAGUGCUGGAUUCUGGAGAAUCUCUUCUGAGAAAUUAACAUCUGGUUUCUUUUUGCUUAAAAAAGGGUAAGAAAUUAAUAGAUACUUAAAAAAAUUGUAUUGGCAUUUGUUGUGAAUAGAGUUCCUAGCACUUGUAUCUAGUCCAACAGGAGAAAGAUGUGUUACAUUAGUUAGCCAGAGAACAUGGCAAGCCUUCAGGCACACUUUCUGAGGAGAACUAAGCCUAAGAGCAGCCUCUGGGUAUUACUUAGUUUAUUAAUCAGUCAGAUAUUUUGAGGGAAGAAGAUGCGUAACACAAGGGAGAUGUUUAAAUGAAUGGGAUUGGAACACUGGCACCUGAUCACCUGGGACAGGAGAGGUUGGCUAGAAGGAGGGUGCCAGAAAACCUGUGGCAUGUCAUGAAACCAUUCUCUGAAGAGAAUCCGUGAACAACUGCAGCACGCCAGCAACUUGGGGCACGUCUGAGGGGCUCAACAUGUCUGUUGGUGAGCAUGGAGGCAGAUGUCUCAAAGCCUUAUGAACAUCCUUCAGCUCUCAGCCUCCUCUUUUGCUUCUUCCUUGGUGGGGGCUGGCCCAGGCCUGCUCUGCAGUUGGUGGGUACCCAUCCCUUGUGGAGGCACACAAGAAACAGCUCAUCCCUCCGCUGUGCAGCUCAGCAUCCUCUGCUCCUCUUUCACACCUCCUGUGCCUGGAGAGCGUGAUUUGGUUUCCCUUCAGUGUUACAGCUGCUCCAGGGCUGGUCUCCUGUUCUCAGGCCACUGCGGUCAAGCAGUUUGAGAGGCUUCUUGUGUGCACCAACAGCUUCUGGGUCCUGAAACGGGCCCUGCACACUGCUUUCUGUCCACUCAAAAGAACUGCUGGUCAGGUGUCCUGCAUGAAUGCUUCUUUUUAAUUCUCUAGUAAUUCCAAUUUAUGUCAAAUCCAAAUAUUUUUUUACUUUAUGCAUUAAUUAUAACCUUCAUUUUCUGUGACAAUAUCAAAAAGGGUGCUGUCUUUUAGGGAACAUCACAGGACUGAAAGGUCUCUGCGCAGCCCUCUUCCUGGAAUGCUGUACAUAGGCUGCCACGUGCUGUUGGGUUAUGUGUAUAUUUUGGGGCUUUUGGCUAGCUGAAACCGAGCACUUGUUACUUGUCUGAUGCUACUUCUGUUUGUUAAUUUACUUGAACUGAUCAGAAAGUAGAUCACUUUUUGUAUUUGAAGAAGUUUAUUUUUUCAUCUUUGUUUCCUACAGAUGCCUUGUUUUUUUCUUGGGGUUCAAAGCUACAGGUCUUUUAAAAUGUAUUUAAACUUUGAGUUUGCUUAGAUACUUAUUCUUGAUGUUUUUUUGUUUUUUUGUUUUUUUAUUUUUCUAAAAGCCUAAAUCAAUUUUCUCAUGUGAGAAAACGGGUAUUUUGUGAUAUGAGCUAUCUCAGUACCUUUUUUAAGAUACCAUGUUCCUCACCUGGAGUGAAUAGAGUUCUUCCUGGCAUGACUUCCCAUCACACUGUGUGCUCCAACACGGCAUGUUUAGAAUUGAAAGCAGGCUGUAUCUGGAAACAUGUGUCUGGGUGGUUUGUGGGUUUGGUCCCUGAAAUUUGUUUGCAGUUUCAGACUGAUGCUGUCUUAGGUUUUGAGCCAAGGAGCCAGGGAGGGCAACUAGGUGUCCAUCUUUUUGUGAUUCGCUUUUUUAUGGCUUGAGCUGGAAGGGAUCUUAAAGACAGUCCAGUUCCAACCCUCCUUCUAUGGGCACCUCCCUCUAUACCUCCCAGCUUGGCCUUGAAUGCCCCUUGGGAUGUGGCAUCCACGGCAUCAAUGUUGUAUCUGUUCUGAGCAGUCUGUGCUGCAGUAAACUUUUCAAGAGACUAAACAAGGAUGAUUACUUUUUCAGUAGCACAAGGUUUUUAAAUAGUUCAAAUCAUUCUUAAAAACGAAGCCACGGACAAAACUGCCCAGAUUGCCUGAAAAAAGCAAUAACAAAUGUAGGCAGGGUGAAACAUUCUGAGGCUGCAGCUCAGUGCUGUUGUCCACCACAGGGGUUUAGGACACCAUCCCAGCACAAGGGAGGCAAAGGGAGAUGAGGAGGCAAAGGCUGAGUCCAGCAGCACAAGAAAUGACGUGGUGCUGGGUAGGUGCACGGCACAAGAGUUUGCGUUCCUGGUUUUCUUCUUGAGCCUGGUAUUUUUUCCUAAAAUCCAUUUAUUUUUACAUGGUGAUUUACGCAGAAGUACUGCCUUUCUUGAGUAAUUAUUUUCAGAUAGUGUUGCUUAGGUUAUAUAUGUUUUGUUUAUGUAAAUGUAACAGAAGAACAAGCAGUAGCAGAACCUGCUGCCCCCAGGCCUCCUUUCUGCCAGUAUCUGUAGGGGAGCAGCAAGUCUGCAAGGUUAAUAAAAAUCAAAGCAGUGCAGUCACACAGUUGUACAAUCACACGGUUGUGCAGCGGGGUAGCAGUGCGGCCUGCUUUUAAGAACCAAUACUUCUGUCUUAAACUGGAUUUGGUUUCAAUGCUAAAAGAGCACUGUGAUAAGGAAACAGGAUUGAGCGCAUUGUCAGUCCUCCCUUUGUUCUAUGAUUGUGUAUUAUGACAGAUGUUAGAUAUGCACAGCUUUGUUAAAUAUGCAUAUUUUUAAGAUUAAUGGAUAGUCACACGAAAUAUUUUGGCACUUAUUUUUCACAAUGGUGAAAUGCUAUGUUUUAUUGUUGGCCUAAGCUUUUUUUCUUGUUCUGUAAUGUUUACAUAGGAGUCUUGUGAAAACCCCAGGGGCUAUGUUGGCAUUUUAUACACUUGUUUCUCCAAAAACGCUGGCAUAAAGCCAGCCACUGACCUUCUGUUUUACCAGGUUGGUAGAAGUGCUGCUCCAGCUUAGCAUGUGAAAACCUAACAAGUAUCUCAGGAAACAAAGCAAUCCUAGCUUUUCUUGAUGUUUUUGUUGUUUGUUUGUUUGUUUUUUUUUGUUUUUUUUUUUAAUUAUUGUUUUAGAUAGAUUCAAAAUAUAUGAAGUCAUGCAGAGUUUCCUUGAAGUCUGUCACAGAAUCACAGAUCACUACAUGAUGUCAUGAUCACUACAACCAGAUUGUGCUGAGUGGUUUAUAAAUCCAUCUCCAUACACAGAGGUUGGUGUAGACCAUGGAAAACAAGUUUAAUUAUGACCUUGCCUUGGUUGUUGCUGAAGUUGACAAAGCCCAACUCAAGCUUCACCAUACUUUAAGAAAAUGUGGUUUUCAAAUAAUAAUUGCUAACAAACAUUACAGAUUCUAGACCAAAAUGAGUUGUAGUUAAAAAGAAUGUAGUCUACAUGUGGGGUUUUUUUAGCAGUUUAUCUCUAAUUCUGCUGGUUUAAAAUACAUUUAAUUAUUUACUGAAAUGUCAAUGUGUAUAUAUUCUGUCUUCAGUUGAUAUGUUUGAAGAUUUUUGAUGGCAUACCUUAGUUUUCUUUCAUUUCUGAAUGAUAUGCAUCUGUCACUGAGUUAAUCACAGUACAUGCACACUGUUGCUUCUUCAUUGUACUUUUUGGUUUGCAACACUUAAGGUUCAAUUCAAUGAGUAUGUAUUAAGUGGAUAGAAAAUACGCUUUUUACAUUAGCUGUGUGGCCACUGAUAUCUGCAAAAUAGGAUUCCAGGUGGAAAUGGGAAUGCUGACUGUACUUCCUGUACACCCAAAUGAACUGGGGCUCUACAUGUAUGGUGGCCUUUCCUUUCUUAUCACAAGAGGGCCCACGCAACCGCAAGAGAAAACAAGGGCAGGAAGUCAUGGCAGUGAGACCAAUGGGCAUUCGGCACCUGGGCAGCAAGCCCAGGACUGCUGAACCCAGCAGGAGUUGCUUUUGGCUAUACUGAGCUCCAGUAUAAAAGUUCAUUUUGGUCCUUUGUAGACUCGGAUUGCUAUUGGCGUACUCGUGAAAGCCAGAUCUGGGGUAACCUCCACAGCCUUGCUGUCUUCCCUCUGUUGCUCCGAACUGUGCUCUGCAGAGAGACUUCAGCCUUCAUAAGGCAUUCAGAUAAAGGUUUUGGUACCAGUUCAUUCCAGGCUGCCCAAGCGCAGUCAUGGCUGGGACAGAAAACUUAAAAUGCAUACACACAUAUAAACUAUAAAUACGUAUAUAUAUGUGUGUGUGUGAAAUAUAUAUAUGUAAUUUUUAUAUAUGUGAUAUAUAAAAAUAUAUGUGUAUAUAUAUAUAUGUUUUUGGGGUUUUUAUAUAUGCAAUACAUAAGAACAUAGCGUAGCACGCAGCAGCAGUGUCCCUAAUAGUUAUUGGUAGCCUUGUAGGGAAAACACUGCAAUCAACAUUUCAGGUGUUGGAUUGGAUUGUGAGGAAUUGGUGAUGGUUUUGCAGACAGUUGCUAAACAUUUUCCCCUUGUUUCCUGCCCACAUUUGGGUCGAAUAACUGGGGAGCUAAGACAUGUAUUUGUCACAGUGCAAUGACACUUUGAGAAGUACAAGUGGCAGCAGAGAUCCUGAGGGGUGAAAGGGGCUUUCAGAGUCUUCCCUUCUAAAACAGCAUUGUGUCUUCAGAUGUUGAACCAGGAAGACAGGAGAACAGUAUUUCCAUGGAAGCUCAGCAAGACAGAAUCCAGGAGCAUCUGCUCAGAACUGCCAGCACUGCCAUUGGCUUGGGGUACUUCUCAAUCUCUUUGCUUUGUGCCAUUAAAGUAUUUAUAUUUAAAUUAGCACUAUUUUUUUUUUUCUGUAUCACCAUCGUUGAUGUGCCUUCAACUUCAUGAUUCUACAAUUAAAUCUUCAAUUGAACAUCCUGAUACUAAAAUCCACUUUCUGAUAUAUUUUGGUAGGCAAUCUGUAAUUUUUUGAAUGAAACCUGACACAAUCCCUAGCUAUCCACUUACAUAACAUCUGCAUUGAAUUGACCCUCAGUGUUAAAUCUCUUUGAUUGUAAUAGUUCUGAUUUGUUUUUGUUUUUUUUUUUACAUAUGAAUGUUUUCUCUCCAUUGUGGAGUUCCAUGCAUUUUCAGGCUGUUUUUUAAAGCACUUCACAUUUCUAUUUAAAUGUUGGAGGGUUUGCUUCUUUUGAUUAAUUAUGUUUAUGCAUUACAUAUGGAAAAUAAUAUUUUCAUUCUUUCUGUUAUCAGUUGUUUUUUUUGUUGUUGUUGUUUUCUUUUUAACAGUUUUACACACUUUAUAAUCAAAAUAA